CCAACUACAGUAUUUAUUUCUCCACCCAACAGCCCACGAGCUCAUUCACGGAGAACAGUGUCUCAUGUUACACCGCCGGUGACAGACAUGGAUGAGAACCAGCCCCUCGUUCGACAGAAUACACCACAGAGAAGUAAUGCGCGCCUCUACCUGGCUGCGUUCUCUGCGGUCCUGGGGAACCUCAACUUCGGGUUUUCCCUGGUCUACCCCUCUCCUGUCAUCCCUCAGCUACAGAAGGGUGAUGACCCCCGGCUGAGGAUGGACACCCACGAGAUCUCCUGGUUUGGGUCCAUCUUCACGCUGGGGGCAGCGGCGGGGGGUCUGGGGGCCAUGCUGCUGAACGACCGCGUCGGCCGCAAGCUCAGCAUCAUGAUGUCGGCCGUGCCGUCGUCCGUGGGCUACCUGGUGAUGGCGGCGGCACAGAACGUGUGGAUGCUCCUCCUGGGCAGGUUCCUGACGGGCAUCGCAGGUGGCAUGACUGCCGCCUCAAUACCUGUGUACGUCUCAGAGAUCUCACACCCCAAAGUUCGAGGCACGUUGGGAUCCUGUCCCCAGCUGACUGCCGUGUUUGGAUCGCUGGCACUCUACGCUCUAGGCCUGGUGUUGCCGUGGCGAUGGCUGGCGGUUGCCGGGGAAGUGCCGGUGAUUGUGAUGGUGUUCCUGCUGUGCUUCAUGCCGGACUCACCACGCUUCCUCAUCACUCACGGUCGCCGUGACGACGCCUGCCGCGCACUCGAGUGGCUCAGAGGACCCGAGUACAUGAGCGAGCUGCUGCGCAUAGAGCACAGUGUUAAUAAACAGGGUCCUCUAGGCUGGGCGGAGCUGGGUCAGCCCUUCUACUACAAGCCCAUCCUGAUCUCCGUGGUGAUGCGUUUCCUGCAGCAGAUGACCGGCAUCACACCCAUCCUGGUCUACCUAGAACCCAUCUUUCACCACACACACAUCACACUGGAGCCGCGGUACGAUGCUGCUCUGGUGGGGGCGGUGAGGCUGCUCUCAGUCGUGAUCGCUGCUAGUCUGAUGGACAAGGCCGGGAGGAGGGCCCUCCUCUUCACCUCGGGCUUCCUCAUGUUCCUGUCUACGCUAACGAUGACCAUGUACACACACACGCCCCAGAGUCACCAUGGCAACCUCAGUGCCCCCCUGCUGCAGUGGGCUGCACCCCCUCAGGCGACCGCGACCCUUGACCCCAUCACACUCAUCCCCCUCAUCAGCACCAUGGUCAUCAUCUUUGGUUAUGCCAUGGGCUGGGGCCCAAUCACGUGGCUGCUGAUGUCGGAGGUGCUGCCGCUGGGGGCUCGUGGGAUAGCGUCGGGGGUGUGUGUGGGCGUCAGCUGGAUCAGCGCCUUCGUGCUCACACAGCUCUUCAUGCACGUGGUGGUGGCGUAUGGGCUGUUUGUCCCGUUCCUGUUCUUCUCCGUGGUGUGUGUGGUCAACAUCAUCUUCACGGGUGUGUGUGUGCCGGAGACCAAAGGCCGCUCACUGGAGGAGAUCGAGAACUACUUCAGGACCGGACGCUCCUUCACCAUCACCGACAGCUACUCCGCCUCCUGAUGACCACUCAUCUCGUGUGUGUGUGUGUGUGUGCGUGUGUGUGUGUGUGUGUGUGUACAGUAUGUGUACUUCAGGACUGGACGCUCAUUCACCAUCACCGCCACCUGAUGACCACUCAUGUCAUGUGACCAGCUGUUUCGUUUAAAAAAAAUUCAUAUGUUUAUAUUCUUGAUAUUGUUUGGCGAUCGUAUAAGAGUUUCUGAAGGCUCUGCCCUACAAAGCCAAAAGGCAGUAACUACGCAGAGUGAGAACUGAAAAAAUGACCUUAAAGUUAUCCUGUGGUCCAGCCUAAGUAGUUGUAGUUGGAUUAUUGGACAUGUGGAGGUUUUGUUACUUAACAUUAACUUAUUGGUGGUAAACAUUAAUCUUCAUAACAUCUUGAAUGUACUGAAAAUUAUCAACAAAAAAAAUUAUGACCAAAAAUGCAGUUACUGCCUUUUGACACAGGAAUAGGGCUAACUGUAGUAGAAUGUUCUUCUUAUUGUAUUUACAUCAGUAAGCCAGCCUACUGUAACUGCUACAUCAGUAAGACAUACAGUACAAUGAUUUGUGUUCUGGAGACAUACAGUACAAUGAUUUGUGUUCUGGAGACAUACUGUACAGUACAAUGAUUUGUGUUCUGGAGACAUACAGUACAAUGAUUCAAACUGACAUGGGAGACGGUACAGACACACAGCACUGUCAACUGACCAACUGACUGUCAGUAAUUAUGUUGUGUUUUAAUGUGUUGAAUUUCAACAUUAAAGCUGCUUGAAGCUC